UCAUUGUGCAGAGCGGGGCGCUAUUGGCUGUUGCCAGGGCUGGUUGUCAGGGGCGGGGCCUAUCUCCAUGGCAACCAGGUGCGGCGGGCUCGGCGCGGGGCAGUGUGGGGCGGUGGAGGACGGAGCCGGCCCACAAUGCCCCGCGGCAUGGAGCAGUACAUCGUGCUGGGCCGCAUCGGGGAGGGCGCGCACGGCGUCGUGUUCAAGGCCAAGCACCGCGAGACCGGGGAGCUGGUGGCCCUCAAGAAGGUUCCGCUGCGGCGCCCCGAGGAGGGGCUGCCCCCACAGACCCUGCGCGAGAUCAAAGCCCUGCGCGAGAUGGAGGCCCACCCCCAUGUGAUCCGUCUCCGCGCCGCCUUCGCCCAGGGCCCCGCCGUGGUUCUGGCCCUGGAGCUGCUCGUGGGGGACCUGGGGGGGCUCCUGCGGGCGGCCCCGGCCCCGCUGCCCCCGGCCCGGGUGCGGGCCCUGCUGGCCAUGACCCUGCGGGGGCUGGGCCACGUGCACGGCCAGCGCCUGGUGCACAGGGACCUCAAGCCGGCCAAUCUGCUGCUGGACAGCGCCGGGCGCCUCAAGCUGGCGGAUUUCGGGCUGGCGCGGGUGCUGGGCCCGCCCUCGGGGCGCCCCUACAGCCACCAGGUGGCCACCAGGUGGUACCGAGCCCCCGAGCUGCUCUACGGCGCCCGGCACUACGACGAGGGCGUGGAUCUGUGGGCCGUGGGCUGCAUUUUCGGGGAGCUGCUGACGCUGUCGCCGCUGUUCCCGGGGGAGAACGACAUCGAGCAGCUGUGCUGCGUGCUGGGAGCGCUGGGAACGCCCAGCGCCCGCGACUGGCCGGAGCUGUCGCAGCUGCCGGAUUUCCCCAAGCUGCGGUUCCGGCCGCGGGCGGCGCCGCCGCUGCAGCUGCUGGUGCCGGGCGCUGACCCCGCGGCGCUGGACCUGCUGCGGCAGCUGCUGCGCUACCGGGCACGGCUGAGGCCCCGGGCACACCAGGCCCUGCUGCACCCCUUUUUCUUCGGGCCGCAGGAGCUGAGCCCCCCCCCGCCCCCGGGGGGGCCCCGGCAGCCCCCCGAGUUCAGCCUGGACACGGCGCUGGAGCUGCCCCCCCGCGGGGCCCUGGGACCCCUCCCCACAAUGGGGGACCCCCAUUGACACCCCCAGGGGCCCUGGGACCCCUCCCCAAAAUGGGGGAGCCCCAUUGACAC